UAACAUCAAAUUACUCAACAUUAUUCAUCCUAUUACUAAACUUGCUUUAUUACUUAGAGGGUAUCUUUACAAUUUUCCUUCUUAAGAGUCAGCACAUUUCAGUAUUUUAUGCUUAACCUGUUUAUCUUACCAUUGCAAACUUCAACUAAUUAAUUCGUUCCCUUUAUUACUGAUCAUAAACUUGAUGUUUGGUUUUAAUUUUUUAGAUGAUUAUUUACUUGCUAGAAAAAAAGCUCUUACGGCUGAAACUACUAGUGACCUUAAUACAGAUACAGAGGCGGGUAAUAAAAGACGUAGAAAGAAGAAAAUUAUAUCCUCUUCUUCUGAAUCUGAUGAAAAUGAUGAACCUACGGAACAUGCAUCAAAUAGGAAGCAAUUUAAAGUUACUAAAAUGCCUACCCCACCAAUUUGGACCAACGACAUGGCUGAAAUGGUAGACGAGUUAACUGUUUCGAACACACCAAGUCAAACAGGCAAUAGUUCUACCCCCUGCUUUACCCCUGGUCAAGUUCAUCAUGAUCGUAACAUGGGUCCAGGUUCGAAAAGCAAUUACACCACAACAUCUUUUAUUAACAAUAUUCAAAUUAUUACAUCAUAAUACAUAAUAAUUUUUUUAGAAGCUGGGCAAAAGGCACAUGGAUCAAUGGGAUCACCAAAAAGGGCCUUGAAG